CCAGUUACUUCUAUAAGUUCAAGACAAAAUAUACUCCCCAUCUCUUUGACCCUUAUCUGCUGCUGUCCCGACCCCCCUAUCCCCUUCCCUUCCUCUCUCCAAGUAAUGGAUAAUAAGAUCAUUAUGCGUCCUUCUAUCUCUUACUGGUGCCCCUGGCGACGAAGAUUUCGGAGAGGCCCGGAGUGGGUGGAUUACACGUCCGGGCUGAAGCAGCUCAACGAAGGGUUUGAGAUUAUAUGGCUGGGAGAUGUUUGCGUCUACGACGGCUGCUGCUGGAAGAUUGGUAACAGCACGGUCUCCGCGUCCGAAUUUGGAGAGGCUCUUAUGGCUACAGAUCCCAGCGAGUCUAUAGAGGCAGCUUUACUCAGCAUGACCGACGCCCCCUUUCCCUUGGGCAAUGACGCUGCUCUUCCCUCGUUUCUGAGGCUCCCCAAAAUCUCUUACGCUCUCCUUUUCCAGCUUGGUUCCCUCGCCCAGUACCGCUGCCAGGCACAGAGCAUUCAUCGCAACGACGCUCAGGAACGCCCAAAGAGAGUCCGCAAGCUCGUGGCGUGGAGAUUUGACAGCGCUACCGUUGGAGAUGAGCUUCAGAGGGUCAUCAUUCUCACCGAAUGGGUUUGCGGAUCCAAUGAGAAACGCAAAACACUCUCGUGGGAGUCCGAGUCGCUGCUACACGCCAUUUGCAAACCAUUGCUGCUAGCAUUUUGGCAGCGUGGUGGCAAGCUCUGCAAGCAAUUUCGGCAAUGUGACGGCGGACGAGAUUCGUGGAUUCAGAUGCGCGGCGGUAGCUUGGGCGCUGGCAGCCAGUACCUAGUUCACGCCGUCCGAGGGACCCGUGUACGCCGCUACAAGCGGGAGUACCUUCUUGAGUGGGUGGGCUACGAGCACGCAACCUGGGAGGAUGAGGCCAAUGUGUCAGAGGACUUGAAGCGAGAGUACAACGCUGAAGUAUAGUGGUGUGUACUAUGGUGGAUACUCGGCAGGCGGCCCUGGUAUAUACAGUUAAACAGAAUGUCUUCCAUUAUCUCUAUAAUCGGCAUCUACCCCACUAUUGUAGUGUAUGUUAGCGGUGAUAUACUGUGUUGCCUGUUACUAUACCAACUCUGGCCACCCGGGCCAGGCCCGGUAGCAUUCAGUCCCUUUCUCGCGGUUC